AUGCCCAUUGCAGGUCCAUCGCGCGUACACAUGCAGUCGCACCUCUACCGGCCGUCCUUCUGCAAAUCCCGCGCACAGGAGACGGGAGCUGAUGACGACGAGCUGGAGGGGCUGCCGGACCUCUCUGUUGCAUUUCGGCUGCACCUCGAGUGUGGCCGCCUCAUCAACUUGCAUGACUGGCUCAUGGCCUUUGCCUCUGUGGUUGACCCGGAGAGCGAGGAGAGCCAGCCUUCGAAGCAGAAUCAGGCUAGGUUUGCGCGCGCUGUCGCUGAGUUACAGUUUCUUGGCUUUGUUAAAGGCACGCGCCGCAAGGCAGACCACGUGGAGCGGCUGACGUGGUGGCGUGCAUAA